AUGUCUCGCAGCCAGACAUCAUCAUGGACAAGGACACCAGCACCAACGCCGCUAUGGACGCACCUCCGCUCCCUCCCCCUCCUAACCCUCCUUCUCUCAUCUCUAUUCUCUCAGCGUUCCCAGUCUAAGGCUGUCUUUGCUCAUUUCAUGGUAGCAAACACAAAAAACUACACCAUCUCCACCUGGAAAACCGACAUCCUCCUCGCGCAAUCCGCCUCGAUCGACGCCUUCGCUCUGAACACCGGAUACGGCAUGCCGCACACCGCACGCGCCCUCGCCGACGCCUUCGCCGCAGCCGAGCAACUCAACUUCAAGCUGCUCUUCUCGCUGGAUUACUCGGGCGACGGCUUCUGGCCCAAGGAUCGCGUCAUGGAUCUCUUGGCCGAAUAUACCCCGCGCGAAGCGUAUUUCCGGCACACGGAUGGGCGCGCGCUCGUUACGACGUUCGAGGGGUUUCAGGCGGCGGGGGAUUGGGGGGAGAUUAAGAGGGUUGUUGCGAACCGGACGGCGAGCGCGAGUGCGAAUGCGACUGCGAAUGCUACAGGCGCGGAUACUGCGCAAGGGAACGGGUGCUGCUUCUUCAUCCCGGACUGGACAUCCGUUGGUCCGCGCCGCGCAGCAAGCGUCCCUGCAAUCGACGGGCUGAUGAGCUGGGACGCAUGGCCCUCGGGAACUCAGCCCAUGAACACCACCGAAGACCAUGACUGGAUGUCCGUGCUAAACGGACGCCCCUACAUCAUGCCCGUCUCGCCGUGGUUCUACACGAACCUGAAGCGCUUCGGCAAGAACUGGGUGUGGCGCGGCGACGACCUGUGGUAUGACCGGUGGCAGCAGGUGCUGGAACUGGACCCGGAGUACGUGGAGAUUUUGACUUGGAAUGACUACGGGGAGAGUCAUUACAUCGGCCCGCUUGUUGAAGGGGCGAUUGGGAUUCUAGGCGAUGCGGGCGCGCCGUUUGAUUAUGUGAGAGAUAUGCCGCAUGAUGGGUGGAGGGUUACGUUGCCGUAUUUGAUUGCGCAGUUCAAGGCUGGGGAUGAGGAAGAGAGGGAGGAUGUGGAGAUUGAGGAAGAGGUGCUCAGUGUGUGGUAUCGACUCUCGCAUGCGGAUGCAUGUGGAGAUGGGAAGACAACGGGGAACACCGAGAGCCAGCACCAGACGCUGAUGGAGCCCGGGGAGGUGCUCGAGGAUAAAGUGUUUUACUCUGCGUUGCUCGAGGCCGCGGCGGAUGUCAGGGUCAGCAUCGGGGGGGAUAACCGGAGUGUGGCGUGGACGGAUGUGCCGAGCUCGGGGAGGGGCGUGUAUCACGGGUCUGUGGCGAUGGGGCAGCGGACGGGCGAGGUUGUUGUGACGCUCGAGAGGGAUGGGGAGUUUCUGGCGCAGAUGAAGGGGAGGAGCAUUGACAAGGAAUGUCCCGGGAAUUUGACAAACUGGAAUGCGUGGGUUGGGAACGCUACAGGCGUCAAGCAGAACCGGCCGAGCGGAGAUGGAUCGGGUGGAGGAGAUGACGAGUCUGCGUCUGUGCUGGCGGUUCAGGCGUGGAUUGGGGGUAUGAUGAUGGGGCUGGCGUUGACUGUUCUAUUCUCUACUUGCACUUGA